UGAGGUUAACAUUUCAUUUUAUUUUGAUACGUUUCAGAUAAUGGAGGGCCUUCUAGUACACUAAAACUUGUCCGGCCUUUCAAAUUCUCAUCCACUACUUAUUUAAGAGUCAAUUUGGACUGUGGAGAGCAUUAUGAGCUUUAGCUGCUAGUGGUAUCUUCUAAUAUAUCCAAUUUAAUGGCCUUUUGUGGUUCUUUGCAAUUUUCCCAUGACUUGGGAUUUGGCAAGAACCAUGUACGUGGUAACCAAUUCAAGGGUCUGGUGGGCAAAGGCCGGUUUCAUUUAUUGAGUGUGUCUCUUUCAUCACAUUCUUUGCGACAGGAUGCUUGGAGUUUGUUUCUCUCAGACAGUGUAAACAGGCCAAUAUGUUCUGUCCAUUCCAGAUAUAAUAUUUUCAUGUGCCGAUCUUUUCUGCUACCAGGUCAAGCAAAUGAGAUUCCUAUUCUGAAAAAUGCGGCCCUGGCAUUGACAAGGUCAUGUAAUGCUUUACAUAAAAGUCCUCUUGUGCUUCAACUGGUUCCAGCAUUUGGUAUCAUUGCUUUCACUAUAUGGGGGCUUGGGCCACUCAUGCGUCAAAGCAGGAAAUUGUUUUUUCAUAAGAGUGAUAGUAGUUGGAGUAAGAGUAGGACACAUUAUUUUAUGACCUCUUACCUUCAACCUUUGCUGCUGUGGACCGGAGCAACACUAGUCUGCAGAGGAUUGGAUCCCGUAGUUCUCCCUUCAGAAGCUAGCCAGGCUGUUAAGCAACGUCUCUUGAAUUUUGUAAGAUCACUAUCAACUGUGCUGGCCUUUGCCUAUUGUCUAUCAAGCUUGAUUCAGCAAGCACAAAAAUUCUCUAUGGAGACAAAUGAAUUUAAAGACACAAGAAAUAUGGGUUUCCAAUUUGCUGGUAAAGCUGUAUACACUGCAGUAUGGGUUGCUGCUGUUUCAUUGUUCAUGGAGUUGUUGGGUUUCUCUACUCAGAAGUGGCUGACUGCUGGGGGUCUUGGAACAGUAUUGCUGACCCUUGCUGGUCGCGAGAUAUUCACAAACUUUCUCUGCAAGCGUGAUGAUCCAUGCAACACGACCAUUUGUUCUGAAUGAUGGAUAAGUU